AUCGGUUGAUCUUUCAUUCCACCACUACUUCAAGGUAGGUUCUAGGACAUCAAUUCACUUGAACCAACAACUAGAAAGAAGUUUGUAUCAUCUUGUAGAAGAAUCAAUUCAUGUGUACUAUCCUAUGAUUUGAACGUACUAUCAACCAGAAGCUAGUAUCAGUCAAAAGCUGGUAUCAUCUGGAAGUACUAUCAAUUCAUGAGUACUAUCAUAUGAUUUGAACGUACUAUCAACCAGAAGCUAGUAUCAGUCAAAAGCUGGUAUCAUCUGGAAGUACUAUCAAUUCAUGAGUACUAUCAUAUGAUUUGAACAUACUAUCAACUAUCAAAAUAAAACUUCUAGUAUGAGAAUGUUUUAUUAUGUAAUAUUUUACCUGAAGACUGUUCAAUAUUUGGAUAUACACAUUCUAUUGAUAUCCGAUGAUGCCAUCCCACUAGUGAGCAAGGUAUGAAUAUAAAAAAGAAUGGAGUAAGUGAAUGUUAUCAUUCCAUAAUCAUGGAUCUUCAUGUUUCUGCAUCUUUACCAUGAUCACCAGGUGGACUGUGGAGUUACUGUUUGAGUAUAGAAAAGAAAAUUGUGAACCAUUCAAAUCUUUGGAGAACUUUCUUGAUUCAAUGACUUUGAUUUUCCCACAUGCUUCAAUUUACCUCUGCAGCAAUGAUCAAAUGGUUAUUCUGACUUUUCCAUACAGCCGAUGUUACUGUGAAAUGGCAGUGCAGUGCAGUUUUUAGUGAAUAGCAAACUAUCAAUCAUCAUUCUUCAAUCAUGGUGGCUACAAGCAUGUACCAAGCAGCACUCUACCUUAUGCUACUACUCAGUGCUAGUGCAUUGGAUCCAAAGUACAGGACACAGGAAUUUCUCACUUCAAGGGAACAUGGACUGGAUACAUCAAACAUCCAUCAUAUGCAACAGUGCCUGCUAACAUCAGGGAUUCCUGCUCUACAUGGUAAUCAGUCAGCAAUCGAUCAAAUGUACAUUGAUAUCAGAGACUGGUACAUGAAUAUGGCUGGGGAACGAGCUGUGGUGGGAUCUCUCUGCAAACGAGUCCACUGCGUAUACAAUCUGCACACCUGUCUUCACCCUACAUUCACAUCGUUGGACUUUCUGGAAGUGGUUGUUGUAAGGUCAGUUGAGGUCUGUGCACCGUACUGUGAAGAACAAGCAUCCAUUGUUAUUACUACUCCAGUGAGUACUGCAACUGUUACAACAACUCUUGCUGCUAUCAUCACAACUACUCAAGCUAGUACUACAACUCCUGCUAGCACUACAACUCCCGCUAGUACUACUCCAACUAGUACUGCUGCUACUACAACUCCUACCACUGUGCCAGACCCAGUAACAACAUCAGCCUGCAGUGGAGCAAGUAGACAUGUGUGAGAGUGGAGACUGUCUACUAGUAACCAGCAACCAAUGGAUCAUACAACCAUUGCUAAACUUUGGAGAUAAGGACCUGCCUGAACCGUUUGGAACGGCUCAAAACUUCUUGAAGACAUUGACAUACAUCUUCCACGAUGCUGAAGUAUCAAGCUGCUGCACCGAUCUAUGCGAGGGAGCAGUCAUCUUGAAAUUCAUGUUCAGCAGAGGAUUUUGUGAAAUAAGCAAUCGACUAGGAGAUUUGUAUCAUUGGAUAGUUCUUGAUAUAUUGGACUGAAAUAUUA